AUCACUCUGGAGAUGUGUUCAUUUCAAAAUCAACUGAAGCUAAUUUUAUUAAUCUCACUUAUAAAGAAAGCUGAACAAACUUGUGCAAAGUUUAAAGAUUCAAAAAACUGCUGUGCAGACUUUCAAUUUGUGGAUGGUACUUGUAAACCUUGUGAACCGGGGUUCUUUGGACCAAACUGCAGAGCAUCCUGUCCCUAUCCAAAUUAUGGUCACAGGUGUACAGAAAGGUGUGAAUGUCCAAAGGACCAGUGUGACGUGUCUGAGGGUUGCAAGCAAUUUUCGCUGCAACCAAACACCGCAACAAUUUCUACUCCCGAUCCAAACCCAAACAAACAAGUAGCACCUACAGCUAAGUACAACGUUAACACUGAACAGACUACAAAUGAAGAUGACCUCUCUGACAACAGCGGCGCCGACAGUCUAACUUCCGACAAACCACUUGGUAACUCAAGUCUCCUCUUGAUCGUUAUUCUAUCAUCAACAUCGUCUUUGGUCAUUUCUGUAGUCGUCAUCGCCUUCGUUGUAUGCCAUCGAACAUUCCGAUCAAAAGGGAGACAGAGUUCAUUCCGUCAAAGAUCAACUACAUCGACUCGAAGACCAGCUACGUCAUAUUAUGAAAUCGAUGAUUGCGCUAUUGCUCUCGAUACGUUGAACUGUCUACAAAGCAAUGAAGAUAUGUAUAUGAACCUUGACAAAACGAAGGUCGAGAGGAGUAUGUACGCAACUUUAACUCAACUCUCAGGAAUAAAGUGA